UGAUUAUAGAAGGUGUUUAGUAUUGAUCCGGUAUCUGGUGGAAGGUUACUUCUAAACUCGCGCUGUGGACCUGCAGGGUGGACUAUUUGAUCCUUUCUGACGGCAAUAGUAUCUCUGUAACAUCAUGCCUAAAAGGAAGUCUGCCGAAGGGGCUGGUGCCAAGGACGCCUCUAAAGUCACUAAGCAGGAGGUCGCUAAGCAAGAGGUCGCUAAGCAGGAGGUCGCUAAGCAAGAGCCCACCAGACGGUCAGAGAGGUUGUCAUCGAAACCAGCUCCUCCCAAACCGGUUGAGGUCAAGCCUAAGAAGGCUAUCGCCAAGAAGCCGGUGGACAAGGUGGACGACAAGGCCAUGAAGGGAAAGAAAGGAGGCGCUAAGUUGAAGAGGGAGGAUGGCCCCUCCCAUAACCGACAGACUCUUACAGAGAUCUGUGUGUCUCGCUCCAGUGUCAGUGUGACCUACUACAGAAGUCUUGCUCCCUACUCCAUGUCUGUCAGAGGACCGAGUGAGACAGUCCGAGUCAACGGAGACUGAGGCUGUGGGGGCGGGGUCUGACGAGGAGAAGGAAUGAGGAAAUUGGGGGUGUGUCUUUCUCUGACUUCUCCCAAACCGGUACCAUGGAAACAAAGAAAGGAUCUUUUUUUACGAGGAUUUUGUAAAAUGCUGAAUUUUUUGGGGUCCUGUGAUAUUAGCGAAGAUAAACCAACACCCCACGUCCACACUCCUUGCAGUUCUAUCACUCUCUUUCUUUUCCAAUCCUUUCCUCCCUCUCUUCCAUUUUGUUGUUUUACUCCUCUCCCUCUCUUUCUCCUCAACCUUUUCUUGAAAGACAGAAUGAAGUGACAUGUUUUUAAAAAAUGGCUGCAACUAUUCUUCCUCUGGCAGUGGGAGGAGCCUCACAGGGUCACCAUUAUAAUGUGUCUCACGUCCUUUCUAAAUGAUGACGUCAUAUCCUCUCUACUAAGAUAGCUCUUUUUGAUGACAUCACUGUAAAUCAUCUCCCGGCUAUGACAUCAGAGACCCAGGGGUCAAACUAGGCUCCUAUGGCAUCACAGGUGACCUUUGACCCUGAACUGAGGUGUUGCCAUGGAGAAUAUUUGCGGCUUUUUAAGCAGAUGUAGAAAAGUUUGAGAAUUGUCACUCCUGUGUUUGAAACUGGCAGAGCAGUGGCAUAGCAAUAACAAGUGGUGUUUCAGUUCUAGAACGCUGUGGAUUCUAGAACCUCUCUGAGUUCCACCCUGCCUGGGGGAAAACAUUAUUUUGAAAUAAAAGCUGAAAGUUGAA